AUGCCAAGCAAAGUGGUAGACAGAAUCCUACCAUCGCCAUGCCCUCCCAGCGCCGAGCCCGGCACCGUCCUAGUGGAAACUGAGAGGGUCAUUAUACGGCGAUAUCUCAUGUCAGAUGCUCCGGCCAUAUCAUUGGCCGCAAAUCACGAUCAAGUUGCCAGCUUCAUGAGCGACCGCUUCUCUAGCCCAUACACAACUGCCGACGCCGAGGCAUUCAUCCAACGGGGCGUUCACGACGAUGAUUCCGCCGUAUACCCUCAUGCCGCAGCAAUACUCAUAAAGCCAGGCUGUCCAUGCAAUCCCUCGGCAACAGAGCCACUCCUCGUUGGUGGCAUUGGCACUCAUCCUCUCGAAGAUAUCCUCUACAGGACCUGGGACUUGGGUUAUUACCUCUCACCGUUAGUAUGGCGCCAGGGCUAUGGAACUGAAGCGCUCAGUGCAUUCACGAGAUGGGCGUUUGAAACAUGGCCAAAACUGCAUCGAAUACAAGCGCAAGCGUAUGAGAGCAACAUUGCAAGCCAAAAGCUGCUACAGAAGUGCGGCUUCGAGUUGGAGGGGAGGGGAAGAGGGGCGGUUGAGAAGAAUGGCGAGAUUAUGGAUGAAAUUCGAUUCGGCCUGUUGAGAAGCGAUUUGAAGUAA